AUGGCGAUGUCGGGGAUGCGAGGACUCUCCGUCUUCAUAAGCGAUAUCCGCAAUUGCCAGAACAAGGAGCAGGAGAGGCUCCGCGUUGACAAGGAACUCGGCAACAUACGCACUCGCUUCAAAAAUGAGAAGGCUCUGACUCCAUAUGAGAAAAAGAAAUAUGUUUGGAAAAUGCUUUAUAUAUAUAUGCUUGGCUAUGAUGUGGAUUUUGGUCACAUGGAAGCUGUGUCUCUUAUAUCUGCCCCAAAGUAUCCUGAAAAACAGGUUGGGUACAUUGUAACAUCAAGUUUGCUUAAUGAAAAUCAUGACUUUCUCAGGUUGGCUAUAAAUACAGUGCGCAAUGAUAUCAUUGGUCGUAAUGAAACCUUCCAGUGUCUAGCAUUGACUAUGAUCAUGAAAGUUGACAACUGCCACCAUAUUAUGUCUUCUAUCUUGAAGGUUGGAAAUAUUGGUGGGAGAGAAUUUGCUGAGUCCUUAGCACCUGAUGUGCAGAGGUUGCUGAUAUCAAGCAGUUGCAGACCACUUGUCAGAAAAAAAGCUGCAUUGUGUUUGCUGCGCUUGUACAGGAAAAAUCCUGAUGUUGUCAAUGUAGAUGGAUGGGCGGAUCGGAUGGCACAACUUUUGGAUGAACGAGACCUUGGUGUUUUGACGUCUUCUAUGAGUCUUCUUGUUGCACUAGUAUCAAAUAAUCAUGAGGCAUAUUGGAGUUGUCUUCCCAAGUGUAUCAAAAUUUUAGAGCGGCUUGCUAGGAACCAGGAUAUCCCUCAAGAAUACACUUACUAUGGUAUCCCAUCUCCCUGGCUUCAGGUCAAAACAAUGAGGGCUCUUCAAUAUUUUCCUACAAUUGAAGAUCCUAAUGCCAGAAGGUCACUGUUUGAGGUCUUACAAAGAAUACUGAUGGGUACUGAUGUUGUAAAAAAUGUCAACAAAAAUAAUGCAUCCCAUGCUGUUCUUUUUGAAGCCCUUGCUCUGGUGAUGCAUCUUGAUGCUGAAAAAGAGAUGAUGUCUCAGUGUGUGGCUCUUCUCGGAAAAUUUAUUGCUGUCCGGGAACCAAACAUUCGGUAUCUUGGCUUGGAGAAUAUGACAAGAAUGUUGAUGGUUACUGAUGUACAAGAUAUCAUAAAAAGACAUCAAGCUCAGAUUAUUACCUCGUUGAAAGAUCCUGACAUCAGCAUUCGGAGGCGUGCUCUUGAUUUGCUUUAUGGCAUGUGUGAUGUUUCAAAUGCAAAGGAUAUAGUUGAAGAAUUACUGCAGUAUCUCAGCACAGCAGAGUUUGCAAUGCGUGAGGAAUUAGCACUUAAAGCAGCUAUUCUGGCUGAGAAGUUUGCACCCGACCUUUCAUGGUAUGUUGACGUGAUCCUUCAAUUAAUUGACAAGGCUGGAGAUUUUGUUAGUGAUGACAUAUGGUUUCGGGUGGUACAGUUUGUUACAAACAACGAAGACUUACAGCCUUAUGCUGCGGCAAAAGCUCGAGAGUAUCUUGACAAACCUGCAAUACAUGAGACAAUGGUUAAGGUCAGUGCCUACAUCCUUGGAGAGUUUGGACACCUUCUAGCAAGACGACCUGGAUGCAGUCCAAAGGAAAUAUUUAGCAUUAUACAUGAGAAGCUUCCUACUGUAUCGACUUCUACUAUUUCUAUUCUUUUGUCUACAUAUGCUAAAAUUCUGAUGCACAGUCAACCACCAGACCCUGAAUUACAGAAUCAGAUAUGGACAAUAUUUAAGAAGUAUGAAAGCUCAAUUGAAGUCGAAAUACAGCAAAGAGCUGUCGAAUAUUUUGCAUUGAGUAGAAAAGGUGCAGCUCUAAUGGAUAUAUUGGCUGAAAUGCCCAAAUUCCCUGAACGACAGUCUGCUUUGAUUAAAAAGGCUGAAGACACUGAAGUUGAUACUGCAGAACAAAGUGCCAUAAGGUUACGAGCUCAGCAGCAAUCUCAAACAUCAAAUGCUUUGGUUGUAACAGAACAAAGUCAUGCUAAUGGAACUCCGCCUGUUGGCCAACUUAGCAUUGUAAAGAUUCCCAGCAUGAGCAGUAAUGUGGAUGAUAUCUCAGCAGGCCAAAUGGCCCAGGAAAAUGGGACUUUGAGUAAAAUAGAUUCUCAACCUCCCUCAGGAGAUCUCCUUGGAGAUCUCUUGGGUCCAUUGGCUAUUGAAGGCCCUCCCAGUGGCAAUACCCACACUCGGUCAAGUUCUAAUUCAGGAUUGGAAGGAACUGUCGUUGAUGCCACAGCCAUAGUACCUGCUGGAGAAGUCACCAAUUCUGUGCAGCCAAUUGGAAAUAUUGCUGAAAGAUUUCAUGCUUUGUGCGUUAAGGAUAGUGGUGUUCUAUACGAGGAUCCUUAUAUUCAGAUUGGUAUUAAAGCAGAAUGGAGAGCUCACCAUGGGCAUCUUGUUCUUUUCUUGGGAAACAAGAAUACCUCUCCUCUUGUCUCUGUUCAAGCAUUAAUAUUGCCUCCCACACAUUUGAAGAUGGAACUCUCUCUAGUACCAGAAACCAUACCUCCCCGGGCACAAGUGCAAUGCCCACUUGAGGUCAUUAAUCUCCACCCAAGCAGGGAUGUUGCUGUCCUUGACUUCUCCUACAUGUUUGGUAACGAUAUGGUCAAUGUCAAGCUUCGGCUACCUGCUGUCCUGAAUAAAUUUCUUCAGCCUAUAUCUGUAUCUGCUGAAGAGUUUUUCCCUCAAUGGAGAUCACUUCCUGGACCACCUUUGAAGCUUCAAGAAGUGGUUAGAGGUGUUAGACCACUUCCACUGCUUGAAAUGGCAAACUUAUUCAACAGUUACCACUUGACAGUUUCCCCCGGUCUUGAUCCCAAUCCAAACAAUCUUGUUGCGAGUACAACAUUUUAUUCAGAAAGUACAAGGGCAAUGCUUUGUUUAGUAAGUACAUAUGUUGAAACUACAAAUCUUGCAUUGCAGUCCGUCCCUACAAAUAGUAUAGUUAUAAGAAUUGAAACAGACCCAGCAGACAGAACCCAGCUGCGAAUGACAGUUGCUUCAGGGGACCCAACACUAACAUUUGAGCUGAAGGAGUUCAUCAAGGACCAAUUAGUCACCAUUCCCAUUGGAAUCCGUGUACCAACACACCCAGCUCCAACAUCUCCAGUGAGUCAACCAACCAGUGCUCCCGCAGCGUUGACGGAUCCUGGGGCAAUGCUGGCUGCUCUUUUAUGA